ACAAUCACACACCCUAUGGCUCAUGCUAUGCUAUGUGUCUUGUGUUUUCCUUUUUUAUAAAAGCAAUAAAUGGAAGGUGGAACAGGACAAUGAGGAGCACAAACCUACUGUCCAUCUCCAGAUAACAAACCAUCCCUACCAAAUACCACAAUGCAAUUGAUUUAAGAUAUAGACUAGAGUUUCAGGCUCAAUUGGUUGGUAAAAAAAUGGGGGGUGGAGCAGCAGGAGGAGGAGGAGGAUCCAAUAAACUCAAGACUGCAGCUCGUAAAUUGCUUCAUACAUGCGGCUCCUUCUCUUUCGGCCAAAUCCAUCUCGACCCACCUCCUGUUCUCCCUUCGUCAACUGUAGUAGUAACAUCAGGUUCGACUAAUAAUUCUCCGAAACCUAGCAAGGUUAAACCAGAGAUUAAUAUGACCGAAAUGGCUCCCAACGCAGAUCUAACCACCUCAUCUUCCAAGACCAUGUGUGCUAUAUGUCUGGAAGCUCUGAACUACAGCACAUGCACUAGUCCAGGCCAGGCUAUAUUUACAGCUCAAUGCUCUCAUGCCUUCCAUUUCGAUUGUAUCGCCUCCAAUGUCCGCCAUGGAGGAGUCACCUGUCCCAUUUGCCGUGCACAAUGGACUCACCUGCCUCGUAACUUGAAGAUCCCACCUUGCAGUUUCCUUUAUGGCAACCAAACCGAUGAUCCCAUCCUCCAAAUCCUUGAUGACUCCAUUGCCACGUUCCGAGUUCACAGACGUUCAAUCUUACGUUCAGCACGCUAUGAUGACGAUGAUCCCAUUGAACCCACUCACAGUAUCGAUCAUCCACGCCUUCAUCUCUCCAUUUUAUCUGAACCACUCUCUCAUCCAACCUUCAAUCCCUGUUUGCAUCAAACAGGCUCUGCAAUAUGCCAUCUUUGCAGAUCUUCAUCUCAACAUCGUCUGAAUACUUCCUCUUCAUUAUCACCGGAACCCGCUUACAGAGCCUCUCUUUGUGUGAGACUAGCACAUCAACCGGCUAUCGAUUUGGUAUUAGUCGCUUGCCCCAAUGGCCCUCAUCUUAGGCUUAUAAAACAGUCUAUGGCAUUGGUGGUUUUUUCACUUAGACCUAUCGACCGAUUGGCUGUUGUCACCUACUCGUCUGCAGCAGCACGCGUCUUCCCUCUCAGACGAAUGACAUCAUAUGGCAAACGAGCAGCAUUACAAGUUAUUGAUCGACUGUUUUAUAUGGGGCAAGCCGAUCCAGUUGAGGGGCUAAAGAAAGGGGUAAAGGUAUUGGGGGACCGUGCUUACGAAAACCCCCAAUCAUGCAUUCUACACCUCUCAGACAACCCAACAAGAUCAUACCAUGGGUUUGACACGGAAGUGGCCAUUCAGAUCCAUCGUUUUCACGUGGGCUGUAGCUUUGGGACUUCCAACGGGUUUGUGAUGCAUGAAUUUGAGGAGUUUUUGGGUAGAGUACUCGGAGAUAAAAUAAAAGACAUUAAGUUGAGGAUCAGAGAAGAUGGUAGGAUCGUGAGACUUGGCGAACUUAGAGGAGGGGAGGAGAGGAGAAUCCCGUUAAACGUAAGCGAAAGUGGGAAUGUUUGGGUGGAGUAUAGCUAUAUCGAGGAUGGAAUGAGCGAAUACAUACGAACAGGGGAAGUGAUGGUGGGAUCGGGGGAAAAAAGGGAAACGAGUGAUGAUGGUGGUGGCGGGAGUGAAGAUGGUAGGAACAGCAAUGCUGGGAGCUGGGAUUACCAUGAUCCCUAUAUGGCUAGAAGAUGGGCUAAGCAUCUGCAUGGGUACAGACUCUGAAAACUCGGCUGAAUAUACUGGGUUUGUUUGGUUUGAUUACAAGUAGUCUGCAAUUGAAUUUUGUUAACUGUUCCUUCGGAUGUGUAGGUAGAGUUGUUCAUUUGUGUAUCUUUUUCCUUCUUUCCCUUUAACAGAAACAUUAAGCUGUGAACACUCAGACAGACAUUUUCCUUGUAAACAAGGGAAAAAGAAAACCACAGCUUUAUCCUCAAACCCUUGUGUGAUUUCCAUUCACUUCUUUUGUUCAUGAUACUUGGUUAUA